AUGGCGUCUACCGACUCCAAGCCCAAGCCGGAGAGACUGCCCGUGACAGUCUCUAAGCCGACCCCAUACACAUUCGACCUCGGUCAUCUGCUUGCGAACGAUCCCAACCCUCUCGAGAUCUCCCGCUCCGAACCCUUGGACGUCAGUCUCAAGGCCACAGCCCGGGAUGGCACCCAGUCUCUUCUCAACCAGCUCCUGACCACCUGCCCCAUCACCUCCUCCCAACAGGGUGUUCUCCUGACUCUCCCGUCUCCCUCCACUGUCCUCCCGCGCUUCAAGCCUCUUCCCACCCCCAAGCCCCCGACUAAGUGGGAGCUGUUCGCCCGCAAGAAGGGUAUUGGCAAAUACAGCAGCAGGCCUGGCGCAGCAUUGGCCGAUAAGGAGCGUCGCAAGAAGUUGGUGUACGAUGAAGAGAAGGGCGAGUGGGUUCCUCGCUGGGGUUACAAGGGCAAGAACAAGUCCGAUGAUGAAUGGCUUGUUGAGGUGAACGAGAAGGAUUGGAAGAAGGAAGAAGAGGCGGCCGCUAAGGGAAGCUCGAUCCGUGGACUAUCUCGCGCCGAACGCAAAGACAGGAUACGCCGCAACGAGAGGAAAAUGAGAGCGAAUGAGCGCAAGAACAGGAAGUCGGGUGGUGGUUAA